GGACUCUUGAGCUUUACCACAUCCCAAAAAUCCCUUCACUAGGUUCUUGAUACCCUGGCCUUCUGUAUACAUCUUCAAGCUAAAACCCACAUAAAAAAAUGGCUUUUUCUCCCAAGUUUCUUCAAAGAGUAUCAAGAUCACUCAAUUCCAUAAACAACUGCCGAUUAUUAUCAUCUUCUAUAGAUUCUAGGGUUCUUUUUCAACAUUCAGAGGCUGCUAGUCGCCCUUGUUCUUCCUUUGUUCAUAACAAUAACCACUGUCAUGUUUUCAGUAGAGAUUUCUGUUCCCGGACCUCUAGUUUUGACCAGAUUAAUUCUCAAGGACCUGCUGCCAUUGAUUACAGUGCUUUGCUACAGGAGGAUGAAUUUCAUAAACUAGCCGAUGCAACAAUUCAAGAUUUGUUGGAGAAGAUAGAGGAAUAUGGUGAUUCUGUGGACAUAGACGGUUUCGAUAUAGAUUAUGGGAACCAAGUUUUAACCGUAAAGUUCGGUAGCUUGGGAACCUAUGUGUUGAACAAACAGACACCAAACCGACAGAUUUGGAUGUCGUCUCCUGUGAGUGGUCCUUCAAGGUUUGACUGGGAUCGGACCGCUGAAGCUUGGAUAUACAGGCGGACAAAGGCGAAACUUCUAGAAACAUUGGAAAAUGAGAUUGAACAACUGUGUGGUGAGCCCAUAAAACUUUCUUAAAUCUUCCAAAUGUAGUCCUGUGGAAGCUUCUAAAAGGUCACAUUAACCCAAUCUUACUAAACCAUUCUAGUGUUGAUUUCUACUCUAUGCAAUAAAAGUUGUGUACUGUUAUGGUUUU